AUCACACACCGAUCAUCAACUCACAGUACAACAACACACAAUGCAUUCUUACAAAGCCGGAAUACUUUUGUGCAUAGUGGCCGUGGCGUGUGCGUUGCCAGCACAAGAAGAAGCCCGCGGCUCGAGGAACUCCAUCCAAACGGAGAAUGACUUGCUGGACUCCAUCUACACCGACUGCCUCAGGAAGGACUCCAUGUCCUGUCUGAAGUACAAGCUUUUCAACUUCGUCGACAAGAUGCUGGGACACAAGGACACCAUCACCGUGACCGAAGGAGUGCAAAUCAUCAAGACCGGCGAGGAGAGAGACGGCGCUCCGCGUGCUUACAACGCCGACGAGAGCAUCGAGAACGUACUGUGGAACCGCAUUUCCGGUUUCCUCGAAUCCCACACCAUCAAAGUUGACUUGAAAGGAAGUGAAAUUGUUAAUGCCGUGAGUUCGUCCGCUCGUUCCCUCGGCGACGUAGUCGACAGCUUGGCCGAAGAAGAAAACUCCAUCGAGACCGAAGAAGGCAGAGGCAAGAAGAAGAAGGCCGCCAAGCUCAUGGGACCGCUGAUGGCCGCCAUGGCCUUGAAAGCCGCCGUCAUCGGAAAACUCGCCCUCGGCGCCAUCGCUCUGAUCGCCGGUAAAGCCCUUCUCAUCGGUAAAAUCGCACUUGUACUUUCAGCCAUCAUUGGACUGAAGAAGCUGCUCGGCGGACAAGGCAAGCACGUCACCUACGAGGUGGUGUCGCACCCGCAGCACAGCUCGAGCCACGUCAGCACCCACGAGUCGGUCUACGGAGGCAGCGGACACGGAGGCGGCUAUGGCGGCGAUGUUUCCGGAGGAUACAGCGGUGGAGCGGCUGCCGGAGCUUCCAGCGGUCACGGAGGAUGGGGACGCUCCCUGGAGGGACAGCAACUCGCUUACAGGGCCCACGCCCAACCAGCCGCCACCCAGCAAUAAACUCACCCAUUUGUUGCCCAGGCUGUGUACCUGAAACGGUCAUUCUCAGCGAGCCUCUAGUUCCCAUCGAACGGGCAUCACGGCCCGCCUGUACCUUAAUUUAUGUAUUUAUUUUAUUUUUCUAUCUAUAAAUUAAGUAAUUUAUAUUUUUGCUACUUAAGUCUACGUUUUUAGACUACGAACAAAGACUUACAUACCAUAACGUCUGCAUUUACCAGACACUAGUUAUAAGACAAUUGUUAUUUUUAUACGAGUCAAUAAAAAU